AUGGCAGCAUCCACAGUUAGCGGGAUGGGCACGCAAUACGGACCAAAUGAUCCAAGUGCUCCACCGUUACCCGGUUCCACAGUUCUUACCAGUAAACGCCGAUCUAACACUCCACUGUUACGUCACCCGUCGGAUAUUGGAAACAAUCAUUUCGGCUAUGCGAAUCGACCAAACACAGACAGUUUGAACUUGCCAAUCGGUUAUCAUGGACGCCGUCCAAGUCAUUCAUCCCAUCGGUGA